AUAGCGGUCGGCGGCUGCCGGGAACUAUAUAUAAACUCGUCAUUUCCCGCGUUGAAAAAUAGUACAUUGAAGGAAAAACACGGACUUGUAAGGAUUGACUGGGACGGACAAGCUAUACUACAACAAUAUCACGGAAACCUGGACACGAACCGGAUGCUAGCCGAUUACCAAUAGUAUACAACUUCACGUUGUACAUCUUUGAACGACGUGUAUUGGAUUGUAGUUUCUACAUUAAACCCAAGGUCGAUUUCGUUAUCAGGGAUUGUAAAUCACCACGUUUAUAUCUUUCUCAUGAUGUAUGUCAGUGUGAUCACGUGUCUUGUUUGCCUCGUACCCAUCUUGGUGAGGUCGCUCCCGGUCGAUGAAGAAUACUCAGCUAGUUCAUCUGAUUACCAAAGCAGUGCAGACUACCAGGACAUUCUUCUUCUCCCAAUGGAAGCGUUCACUUUAAAUGAUCAAAAUGGAGAUGGGUUUAUAACACACAACGAGUACCGAAAAUCCAACCCUAACAUGCCUGAAAUGGACUCCAAAACAAUUUUCUCAAACUUCGAUCAAGACAAGGAUGGCAGAAUAUCUCGAACGGAGUUCAAGUCUCAGGUCCAGCACAACACACCGAAACCAGAAGAGGACUGUUUUACAACAUUGAUGAAAACUUGCAGCACGGAGUUCAUAAACGCAGUGAAGAAGUGGGGAUCCAAACAAGGUGACGCUAUGUGCCACAGCUUGCCAGUUUACAAAAACUGUAUUCAGCGUGAAAGAACGACAUGUAGUACGGAGUCCGAGGGUGGCCAAUCGCAAAGUUCCUUUGAUGAUGAAGUGAAUUCUCUUAUAACGCGAUUUAGAAAGUCACUUUGUCAAGAUACCCAUUUUCCUAAAGUCCGACCAUCAACAUCAGCAGUCAGCACAAAUAUCAUGCCAACAUCAGCAGUAUCAGACGCAGUUCAAGCUGGCAUUAGACAAGUCAGAUCAGGAAGAAGACAGUCAAAGCGCUACAGAAGUCGGUUAAGAAGACAGAGUUGCAUUGUGUCGACCAUGAGGCCUUGUAACAACCAGUUUGUUUCUGCCUUACAAGGAGAAGAUGAAGAUCCAUGCCACAGUCUUAUUAAAUACCGACAGUGUGUUCAUAAGAGUACACGUCGAUGCAGUGAUCCCAACAUACACGUCAUCCAAAGGGCAAUUAAGUUCCUCACUAAGGAACACAGACGAGUCAAGAUUUGUUCCAAGCUGGAUAAGUAGAGGGCGCUCUACACAGUGUGUGUGGCAACACGAACUUUAAGAUUGUGUGACAGAGGGCGCUAUUUUUUUUAUAUACUGUGUGAAUUUGCGGUGUCUUGCGAGACAGUGUGUAAAUAAAGCAGACUGAGUGUGAUCGAUUGGAAACAAUAAAUGGCACUAUUUCUGGUAUGUUAUUUAUUAAAAUAUUUCUAAAAAGAUCAAACGAAUGUUCUGUCGUUUUUAAAAUCAUGAUUCCAAAGUAUCAACCCCUAAGUGCCAGUGUUCGGGAAAAAGGGGAAAAGAAUAGAAAAUGGUUUUAAAGAACCAAUGUAUUAUGUACAGCAUUUUUUAAAUUUAGAGACCCCUUUUUACUUUUAUAUUAAUGUACAAAUAUGUUUUUAUACUGACAAGGUCAUAAUAUUGUUUUAAGAGUGAUUUCCCCAUAGUAUGAUGUACAUAAUAAUGUAUGUAAAAACUUGAAAGCUGGUGUUAUGGUACAUAGUGUCUUUAUACUUUUGUCAAAUAUCGGCAGAUUAUGCUUAUGUACAGUGUAUAAAUGAUGUAUAAUAUAAAUUUAUAACUGGGAAGUCAGUGGAAGAUAACAACAAACAAACAAAUAAACAAACAGACAGACAGACAAACAAACAAACAAACAGACUAGACACAUCAACACAUGAAAGCUAGCAAUCAAAUUUUCCGUUCUCCCAAGAGUGUCUGAAUUAGUGAUAAUUUCAGCCUUGGUUCGUCUGAUCAAACUAUUCCCAACAUUUCUUUUGUAAAAAGCAGACUGAAUUAAUAUUUAUGAACAUAGAUAUGAUAAAUUUAAUCUUUAUUUCAAAUAUAUUUAACUUACUAAACCAUGACUUGCCCAAAAGGCAUUGCGUUAAUUUGUUUUAUGUAUGAAAAAGAUAAUUGGGUAAUUUUAAGUACACGAACAUUUUCCCUGUCAAGUCAAAAAUAAGAAUCGCAAAUCCAUUUGGAUAUCUUUAGUCGAACUGUUGCAAUAUUCUCUAUGCUAGAUGGCUAAUUCUACCAAACAUACCCAUAUCGUUACAAUUUGUAGUGCUUAACCACUCGCUGAGAAACCUCGCAACAAGAAACAAACAACUUUGGCAAAACAACUACCUCAGUUUUGUAAAUACGAAAACCUUUAAAGUUAGUCUCCGACUAAUUAAAAGCAAUACUCUGUAUAUUACACUAAUACACUUAAGACAAAAUAAAUAAAAUGAUUUGAUUUAGUUCACAAUAGUCACCAUUUCUUUUACUCACAAUACAUGUCGUGUUGAGCAACUGAACCAACGAUAAUUUCCGUUGCGAUUUAAAACAUUCGUUUGUGAACUUUUUCUUCUUUUUUGGCAUAGCGUCUGAUCAGAAAAUACUCUUUUUUAACCAGUGUGCGUAUAAAAUUAUAACAAACUUUGGCUAUUGCAGUCUGAUUAAUAAUGUAAAAAAAAAAAAAAAA